AUGGGAAAUCUUUUGGGAGCACCAGUGACAGAGAAGGAAACACACAUUGGUGAAUCUCGCGAUGACAAUGGGCUCCAAUUCGGGGUGUCAUCCAUGCAGGGAUGGCGGAUUCAUAUGGAGGAUGCUCAUGUGGCAGAGUGCCGUUUAUUCGCAGCAGAGCUUGUGGACGAGACAGCUGCUAGUGAAACCAAUAAUAACAACAACAAGACAUACAAACAGAUUGAGCUACCGGGCCAUUCCAUUUUCGCUGUCUUUGAUGGCCACGGUGGAACAUUUGCUGCACAAUACUCUGGCCGUAAUGUCUGUCGAGUCCUCUCUCAUCAGCCCAAGUUUGUCAAGUAUGCAAAAUUUAUGCAGGAGCGUGCCCAGAAAGAAAAAGUCUUUACCAAAUCCACAGAACGAGUCCAAUACAUUACCACUGGUUUGGAGUACAUAGAAGGGGCACUACGAGACACCUUUGUGGACUUGGACAUGGAGAUCGCAUCGGCACUACAGGGUUCACGCAUUCCAGAGGCGGACCAACCAUACCAUGAAGAAAAACAAAUAGAUGCUGCAGAUGACGACAGAGCAACACAAGGAAUGGACACCAGAGGUGGUGACCCACACCAAGACACUCUGUCGGAAGCCGAUUCCACACUCCAGCUUUUGGAUAAGGAAGGAGAUUCGGGAACAACUGCAUGUGUGGUAGUAGUAGCUCCUCAAUGGGUGGUUUGUGCCAACGCUGGUGAUUCCAGGUCUGUGUUUAGCAAGCAUGGGCACAAGGCAGUGCCACUCAGCUACGAUCACAAACCCGAUGAUGAAGAGGAGGGACGACGGAUCCGAGCCGCUGGGGGAUAUGUGGCCGGGGGCCGUGUGGAGGGUGAUCUAGCCGUCAGUCGAGGGCUAGGUGACUUUCGAUUUAAGAAUAUGGAAACAGUGCUCGCUGGAGCCACUGGUCAAAACGACAAGACUUCAGUCGAUCAAAUGGUCGAACCGGAUUACCAGAAAGUUUCGCCGGUUCCAGAUGUUGUCAUCCAGAAUCGCAGUGCAGAAAAAGAUGAAUUCAUCAUUGUCGCUUGCGAUGGCAUUUGGGAUGUGCAGACAAAUCAUGAGGCGGUGAAAUCGGUUGCGGAGAUGUUUGAAGAGGGUGAAACUAAUUUGGGGUUGAUCUGCGAAGAGGUGAGUACCUGGUAG